UGUUUUUUUUUAUUUUUUUGAGUGUCUACUUCUCGUUCAUACAUACGGCUGGCACGCGCGCAACCCUACGUCACUACAACUCUCACUUCCGGACUCCGAGAGAGGGGAGCGUCGUCAUGGGCAAAAGCUGCAAAGUGGUGGUGUGCGGCCAGGCUGCAGUUGGUAAAACGGCCGUGUUGGAGCAGCUACUAUACGCCAAUCAUGUCACAGGUUCAGAUCCGAUGGAGACACUGGAGGACAUCUACAUCGGCUCCAUCGAGACCGACCGGGGCACCCGUGAGCAGGUGCGCUUCUACGACACCCGGGGGCUUCGCGACGGCAUGGAGUUCCCUCGCCACUACUACAGUUUCGCAGACGGCUUUGUGCUUGUCUACAGCAUCGACAGCAAGGAAUCCUUCAAGCGCAUGGAGGCCCUCAAGAAGGACAUUGACCGGCACAGAGAUAAGAAGGAGGUGACCAUCGUGGUCCUGGGCAACAAGCUGGACAAGCAGGAGGAGCGACGCGUGGACGCCAACAUGGCGCAGAACUGGGCCAAGAACGAGAAGGUACGCCUAUGGGAGCUGUCGGUGGCUGACCGCCGUACGCUCAUCGAGCCCUUCGUGUACCUGGCCAGUAAAAUGACGCAGCCGCAGAGCAAGUCUACCUUCCCGCUCAGCCGUAACAAGAACAAGGGCAGCGGGCCCACGGACGGCUAAAGGACUGAUGGGCUAAAACGCCAUGUACAGAAUCGGGGGGCGGGUAGCGGGGUAUCCUUCUUCCUUUUUUUUUGUUGUUUUUUU